GGGGACGCCUGUGCUCUUCUGUCUCGCCCAGCGGGUGGUGGUGUUUCUCUUUAGUAAUGGCUUUGCGGCUUGUGUAGCGUGGGAAGUCCUUACAGUAUCUCCUAUUCAAAACGAGGGACUUUUCCCAGUCGUCGGUACAUGACAAGGGACGAUGAAAGAGAGUCGCCUUCUACUUCAGUCACGCCUGUGACCUGAAUUUUUACUCUGGUUUGAACCGAAAAAAAGAAAUGAAGUGCUCAUUUAUGGGUAUAUAAGAUAUUCCUGCAAGUGCAACAAGUGUUUUGUUGUGUUAUUUAAAUUUAUCAGUCUGGCUUUUCGGCAUAUUGUUCUGAAUUUUGCUUUUUUCUGUUUUUGGGCAAUUUCUUGAUCUGCAUAUUUAAAAACGCUAUUUUUUCCUGGAUAACUUUGUUUUUGGUUAUUAUUUUGAGAUGACUAAUUCUUGCAUUUUCACCCUUGGGAUUUUGUUUUUGGUAGAACUUGUAGCUGCAGUGGCAAGGGGUUCCUCACCAACCAGCACAGAUGUCAACAAGCUGACGGGACAUCAGACAGGGCAGCUGGUGGAACUCGUGAAGCAUCCCACAGUGGAGCCAGCUGGCUAUCCGAGAGGAACAGUGGUGGAUGUCAUGUGCCCCGAGUGUGAGAUGUCAAGGCCUCCUAUAAGAUCAAAACGGUGCACAUGCUACUCUUACAAAGACAAGGAAUGUGUGUACUACUGUCAUCGGGGCAUCAUCUGGAUCAACACGCCAGAGCGCACGGUUCCCUACGGCGAGUCCAGCUACAGAGGCCUGCAGCGCAUCCGUCGCUCCGGCCGGGGCGUGGCGUACAGCCAGCAGUCAUUUGGGCCUCAGCGGUGCCGCUGCAGAGAUCACACUGACUCCAGCUGCAGCAGCUUCUGUAGAGGGAGAUGGAGGACUCUGUCACAUUCUGCACAGCCAGCUGCAAACCCAUGUUAAGCUUCUGCAUAGAGGCCAAAGUCACCAGAACAACUGGAUUGUCUAGAAAAAACAGAAGGAGGGAACAGCCUCAUGCUACAGUAACUUGCCCUCCAUCUUCCAGCUUCCGGAGACCUGGGUAAUUCCAUCUCACUAAAACUCACUGCCUUUUUUACUCCCGGAAAAGGAGGAAGAAGAUUCUGGCUAAGCUUAAGGGAAGCGUUUAGGCACCGGUGACCAGAAAAUGUGAAAAAGCACUUUCCACCACGCCUGGCCUACAGAGACACCUCAACGUCUGUCAGUUCAAGUGGGAGUUACCAAGACACCGAGAAAACAGAGACAGAACAGCCGGCAAAAUUCUCACAUCAUCGAUUACAUAAAUAUAAAAAACUUUUGGUUUUGCUUCUGAGCAGUGUUCUUAUAACAAUCUAAACAUUGCCUGAGAGCUUUAGUAGACUUGCAAUACUGUAAAACACAUGUUUAAUUUAAAUUUUAUAUGUAUGAUUACAAAUAUACUAAAGUCUAUAUUAUUUAUAAAGCUUUAAGGAGUAUAACAGAACAUAUGAAUACCAUAUGAAUAUCACUCAACUUCACUCUGUUGUGCUGUUGCACUUCUUUAUUAGUUCAGUCUAUGACACAGUCCAUGACAUAGCACAACUGAGAUGAGUUUCUAACAGAGCCCUGGAAGGCAGCAUCUACUUCCAUAGCUCUCCAAUCACAUGAGCAAUACGUUUCUUUCAAGGUUUAAACCAAGUAUAAACCAAGAAUUGUUGGAAUCAUUCGGAAGGGACUAAGCAUGAGUACAACUUUUGGUUUAAGCUUUUACCAAACUAGAAGCCACAUAAAUAUAUAUUGUGUUAUUUAAAUGUUGAUUUUUAUUUUUUUAUUUUUUACUAGAAACAACUAUGAUAUGGGUCACACUUUACUUCAGGGGACAUGAAUAAUGUAGCAGUACACACUUGCUUAAUGCAUUAAUUAACCAGUAACUAAUGCUUGUUCAUCAUUAAUCAAUCAUGACAGUUCAUGUAUUCCAGUCAGACAUAUUAGUUAACAGUUAACUAAUUAGUUAAUAAUGUUAAGACUUCACUUGAGGCAAAUAUGAACUCAUGUACUAGAACAAAUCGUGAAAUACAUGAACUAUCAUGAUUGAAUAAUGAUGAAUGAACAUGGGAUCAGUACUUAACAAAAACUUAACUAAUGGUUAAUUAAUGCAUUAAGUAAGCAUGUACUACUACAUUAUUCAUGUCUCCUUAAGUAACACGUUACCAUGAUAUGCUUUGCAAGCAGCUGAGCCACUCUUAUUUAAUUUUUCAUUUUGUUAAUUACCUGCAUAUAGCUCAGGCCAUGAUCUGUACAAUUUAUAUAAAGCUAUACAACCUACUGAGUCUGUAUUGCUGAACUUCUACAUCUUUUUUAUUGUAAUCCUGUUAAGUAUCUGUAGUCUGUUAAACUUUUAGUUAAACUUUUAGUAUUAGAGGUGAAGGUGUAGAUGAGGAAGACAACUGUUUUAUAGAGCAAAGAAGAAUAUUCUUCUUAAUAAAGGGCACUCGCAAAUCUGUCUCCUACUCUAUAUUAUGUGUUCAGAUGUAUCAAUCAGCUUUGUGUCAUUAUUACCAGUGAGAAAGUAUCAGAAAUAUACUUAAAUAUCUUAAAUUUUUUAGGUGUGCAAUACCAGCUUAAUAAAAUUAACAGCAAUAUUAUUGUUGUUCCUGCAUAGCUUCUUUCUAGGUAUUACAGUUGUUAAGGAAAUUGGCUUGUAUGUGAAGAUAUCCUUGAACAAGCUCCUUUAAAAGGAUCAGCAAACAUUUGUUGCUUAAUAGCUGAGACUUAGAUACAGUCUUGCAAUCAGGAAAGGUUAUAGUUCUGAAAAAAAGCUGAAAAUGCUGUAUACAUACUAAAGAAAAUAAAAAGAACAAGGGUAACACUUUACUUGAUAGGGCAAAAAUAAUAU